CUUCAGAAACAUGGACGGACUGACGGUGAAGUCUAGGCCCUAGCCCCUAGGGCCGCGGCGCGCGCCCAUUGUUAAACCCGAUCGUUAUCCAAUCCAGUAAAGUAAAACCGAAAUCCCUUCAGAAUCUCUCCCGGUACUGUAGAGUGUAGACUAGAGAGUCAUCGAGGAAGCUACUAGAAGAAGUAAAAUCCAACCUAGUCGGCCGGUCUCCCUUCCUUCAUUCCACCAUCUUCUUCCCUACACUCUCCCACUUCCCACUCCAAAACCAUCGAGGAAAUUCUCUCCAUCUCCGAUCUUUCAAUCCCCAUCCUUCCCUUUGUAAACCUAAUCCGUAACUCCAAGCUCGCGCAAUGGACGCCGUCAAACUCAAGGAGCUGAAGAACUUCGUCGAGCUCUGCAAGUCCAAUCCCUCCGUUCUCACCGAUCCCACCCUCGCCUUCUUCCGCGACUACCUCGAGAGUCUCGGUGCUAAACUACCUCCCGCUGCUUACUCCGGAUCGAAGAGUCAUGUAGACGAGGAGAGCGACGAGGAGAUUCCGGAGAAGGAAUCGCCGUCGGUUGAGGAACCGGAGGAGGAAGAAGAGGAGGAUGAGAUAAUUGAGUCCGAUGUCGAGCUGGAAGGCGAGACUGUUGAGCCUGACAAUGAUCCUCCGCAAAAGAUGGGAGAUUCGUCGGUAGAGGUCACUGAGGAAAGCCGUGAUGCUUCACAGGAGGCUAAGGCCAAAGCUAUGGAAGCUAUCUCCGAAGGUAAAUUAGAAGAAGCUGUUGAGCAUUUGACCGAAGCUAUCCUGCUCAAUCCGCUCUCUGCUAUAAUGUACGGGACUAGAGCCACUGUUUAUAUCAAGAUGAAGAAACCCAAUGCUGCUAUUAGGGAUGCCAAUGCUGCUCUUGAGAUAAAUCCAGACUCCGCUAAGGGGUACAAAGCUCGUGGCAUGGCACACUCGUUGCUUGGUCAGUGGGAGGAGGCUGCUAAGGAUCUUCACGUUGCGUCUAAGUUGGAUUAUGAUGAGGAGAUAAGUGCGGUUCUUAAGAAGGUUGAACCCAAUGCACACAAGCUUGAGGAGCACCGUAGGAAGUAUGAUAGGUUGCGGAAAGAGAGAGAGGAUAGAAAGGCUGAGAAGGAUAGGCAACGCCGCCGUGCUAAAGCUCAAGCCGAAUAUGAGAAGGCUAAGAAGCAAGAGCAAUCAUCUUCCAGUGGAAGACCCGGAGGAAUGCCUGGAGGUUUCCCAGGAGGCAUGCCUGGAGGUUUCCCAGGAGGCAUGCCUGGGUUUCCGGGAGCAGGGGGUAUGCCUGGAGGGUUUCCAGGAGCAGGAGGUAUGCCUGGAGGGUUUCCUGGAGCUGGUGGCAUGCCAGGUGGAGCGCCUGGAAAUGUUGAUUUCAGCAAAAUACUGAAUGACCCUGACAUGAUGGCUGCAUUUAGCGAUCCAGAGAUUAUGGCUGCUCUUCAAGAUGAUGAAGAACCCUGCCAACCUUGCAAAGCACCAGUCUAAUCCGAAGGUCGCUCCGGUAAUUGCAAAAAUGAUGAGCAAAUUUGCUGGACCGAAGUGAACAAUUGUUGUUCCGACUUUCUUCAUUGUCGUCCUGGUUUCAGAUCAUACCUCAAGUCCUCUGUCAUGAGCCCAUUAGGUCUCUGUUUUUGGGAAAGUUUGUAUUGCAUCUGUACAUGGAAUUAUGGAAACAUCUCCCGUAUCUUGAGAGUUCUGGUUGGCAGUCUGUCCAUCUUACAGUGAACGAUGAAUUAGAUCGAAUUGGCUAUAGUUUCCGUUUGCAGCCUUUAGAAAUGUGACUCUUGCUCGUUUCUUCAAUUUUCUUGGCGACAGAAUGAGAAAGCCAAUUCACAGAGUCCUUGCUGGUAAAAGAUUACAGGGAGUUUUCAUAUGCUGAUAUGGCAGCUGGAAACUGCAUGCAACUUUCCUUCCCAUGUAAGGACUGUGUUGUUUGGCGGCGAUUCUAAGUUUGAUGUGAAGAGGCAACAGUUCCUUCCUUGGGCGGUUGCUUAUGUUUCUCCUUCAUUUGUUUGUUUGUUACAAUGCUGAAACUUUGAAGCAGGGUAACAAAAGAAAACAACGGAUCAGCAGCGAUUGGGCGGUUUUAUAUGGACCAAUGAGAUGUCCCUUUUGCUUCAGAGGACCUCUCCUAGGACCAACCCCACAUGCUUUCUUUAUUAGUCCUUUGCUUCAAC